AUGGAUGAGUUCAACCAGAUCCGGGUCUCUUUGAUUCUUGUAGCGCUGCUUCACGUAACAGUUACUGAAAACAACCAGGAUGAUAGUGUGAGUCUCAAAUGCGCUCUGUUCUCCGCUGAUGUGAGUAGAUACAAAGUGAAGUGGCUGUACGGAGGUGAAGAUGUGGAUGGACCCAACCAGUAUGUUCCAAAAGAAGAGAGUGUCACUUUCUUCAUGAACAGCUACACCCUGAAUUAUUCCUCCAUAAACUCAUUCAACACGGACUUAUUCUCAUGUGAAGUAACACACAGUUACACUGGAAGAGUUCAAUACUUCAACGUCCAGUCCUCAGGAAGCAGAGAGCCUGUCUUCUACACUUCUGAAAAUGGAGAUGACGUCACUUUGUCUUGUGGCAAUGUGACCAAAGAUCAGCAUCACUGUGAGAAUACAACAUGGACCUACAGUGGUUCAGGAUACAGAGCGGUAGAGCUGGUCAGACUCGGGCAGGUUGGUGAGAACACUGGAGCUAAAUCAGGCAGGCUGAGAGUUACUGAGGACUGUUCUCUGGUUGUAACGAAUGUCACAGAGGAGGAUGUGGGUCGUUACGUCUGUCGACAGAACACACCAGGAGGAAGAACAGUGGAUACGGUGUAUCUGUCUCUUAUUACCAUGACUGAGCAAGAGAGCGGCGAGGAUGUGACAUUAAUCUGCUCUGUGUCGAUGUAUGGAAUCUGUAGCAGCAGAGUGAAGUGGCUGUUUGAAGGCAAAGUUAUGAAUGAACAUCACCCAAGAGGGAGGAGCUCACAGCGUCCCUGCUCUGCCUCAAUGACCCUUCAGACCCGUGACAGCAUCUAUAAACUGAGACAUGACUCCCUGCAGUGUGAAGUGACGUCUAACGAGAGGCAGCUGUUUCCCUUCAGACUGCAGGCCUCAGGUGAGAAGUCAGGAACAGCAUCAACUGAACCAAAGGUACCAACCGAGACCAGCAUGAGAGCAGAGAAAACAUCUUGGCCUCUCUACUAUACUGUCAAACUUGAAGACAUGGUCACUUUGCCCUGUGAGAAUGUGAUCAACAGUCAGCAGAAGUGUAACAGCACUUCAUGGGUCUACUACCAUACUAACAGUGAACCAAAAGAGCUCGUUAAACAUGGGCAGAUAAUUGAUGAUACUCAUGCCAGGAUGAAUGUCACAGAGGACUGUUCUCUGGUACUACCGGCCUGGACCGGCGAUGAAGGUCGUUAUGUCUGUAAGCAGGACAUAUCAGGACAACGACAAGCAAACACUGAGAUCGAUCUGUCUAUUCUUUUAGUUAGUGAAAACAACCAGGAUGAUAGUGUGGGUCUCUCCUGCGCUCUGCUCUCAGCUGAUGUGAGUAGAUACAAAGUGAAGUGUCUGUACGGAGGUGAAGAUGUGGAUGGACCCAACCAGUAUGUUCCAACAGAAGAGAGAGACACUUUCUUCAGUAAGGGCUACACCCUGAAUUAUUCUUCCAUAAACUCAUUCAACACGGACUUACUCUCAUGUGAAGUAACACACAGUUACACUGGAAGAGUUCAAUACUUCAACGUCCAGUCCUCAGGAAGCAGAGAGCCUGUCUUCUACACUUCUGAAAAUGGAGAUGACGUCACUUUGUCUUGUGGCAAUGUGACCAAAGAUCAGCUUCACUGUGAGAAUACAACAUGGACCUACAGUGGUUCAGGAUACAGAGCGGUAGAGCUGGUCAGACUCGGGCAGGUUGGUGAGAACACUGGAGCUAAAUCAGGCAGGCUGAGAGUUACUGAGGACUGUUCUCUGGUUGUAAAGAAUGUCACAGAGGAGGAUGUGGGUCGUUACGUCUGUCGACAGAACACACCAGGAGGAAGAACAGUGGAUACGGUGUAUCUGUCUCUUAUUACCAUGACUGAGCAAGAGAGCGGCGAGGAUGUGACAUUAAUCUGCUCUGUGUCGAUGUAUGGAAUCUGUAGCAGCAGAGUGAAGUGGCUGUUUGAAGGCAAAGUUAUGAAUGAACAUCACCCAAGAGGGAGGAGCUCACAGCGUCCCUGCUCUGCCUCAAUGACCCUUCAGACCCGUGACAGCAUCUAUAAACUGAGACAUGACUCCCUGCAGUGUGAAGUGACGUCUAACGAGAGGCAGCUGUUUCCCUUCAGACUGCAGGCCUCAGGUGAGAAGUCAGGAACAGCAUCAACUGAGCCAAAGGAACCAACCGAGACCAGCAUGAGAGCAGCCCGGUUGAGGUUCAUCGUUGUGUCUUUGGGUUUAUCAGCUCUCAUAAUAACCGUUGUGACGGUCAACAUUUGGGCGAGAACUAAAGGGCGAAGAGGAAAGCAGAAGGAACAUUUGGUGAGAUUUAAAACUCAAAUUGAUAUUUUACAGUUUGUAGGAGGUGGAUGAAGGUAGAAAUAUGACGUAUUUAUUAUAUAAGUGACAAUAUAUUUGUCUGAAUGUGCUAAACAUGAGGCAGUGCAUGGAUCGCGAUCAGAGAACAGACAGAGGGGAUUAAGAGUUGUCUGUUGGAGUGCUUGUGUUGUGUUGAUUUCCUCAGGUGGGGGAUGGUCGUGAUCAGGAAGAUGAUGAUACAGUGACCAAUGAAAUCAUCACACCUCCUGCAGAGGAUUGAACAGCUGUCCGUCAGCCUGCGCAGAUCAACACCUGAUGUUACACCUGACUUUUGAUUUGAUUUGAUGUCUUUAUUUCGAACAUUUAAAAGUAAAAAUGCAAAAAAAAAGCAUACAAGUAGAAAAGAAGAAAUAGUUAUACAAAGGAAACAAAAUCAAUCAGUUCCAUUAGCAAGCACGUAAACUUUGUACUUUACAUGUAUGAAAAGGAGGAAGAUGUUAAACGUAUCUAAUCCCUUCAUUCACUAUUAUCGGUCAUUAUGCUAGAGCUCUCCCACAAGUCAAAUCUUCAUAUAUUAUCUUCAUAUUUACACUGACAAACAAAAGUAAACAAAAGUAAACCCCUCGUGAUUCUCAGCACUUGUCUUCCUCCUUGUACCUCAUGAACAUCAUUUCUUUGUACCUCUUCCUGAACUGAAUUAUGUUCAGACAUUGCUGUAGCUCCAUAUUGAGUCUGUUCCACAGUUUUACUGAAAUACAAAAACUUCUCCUUGUGGUCCGAACACUCACCAUCUUUAAUCUUAAAGGUGACAUAUCACGCUUUUUUCAUCAACAUAUAUCGGUCUAAGAGGUCCCCAAAACAUGUCUUUAAAGUUUAUGCUCAAAAAAACACUUUGAAAUCAGAUUUUGGCAUGCCUGAAAAGUCCUUUUCUUCAUUCCUCAUCAGAACACUCUGUUUUCUCUCUGACCACGCCCCCUCCAGAAGUGGAUGCGCCUCGGCUCUCCAGCACGUUGAUCUAAUGUUUACAUGUUGGCUGAAUAUACACGGCUGCUCAGAGAUCGCGUUACUUCAACCCUCUGAAUCUGAUCCUGACGGAGAGGCGCCUGCAGCAGGACCUUUCUGAACGAUUGGUCAUAGAUUUAGUGUUUCUUGUUGUUUUAUUUGUCAGUAUGUCGACGUGUGUCUUGGUACACAGCUACGAACAUGUAGCUAUGUGGCUAUGCUAACUAGCGCUAGCACUUAUCCAUGAUAAAUAAAAGUCAUCCACUAGAUCUUCAAAUCUGCAGACGUGGGGAGUAAAACCGACCUCUGCCAGAAAGGCAGCAGGACCUUUAUGAAGGAUUGGUCACAGAUUUAGUGUUUCAUGUUGUUUUAUUUGUCAGUAUGUCGACGUGUGUCUUGGUACACAGCUACAGCUACAGCUACAGCUAUGAACAUAUAGCUAUGUGGCUAUGCUAAUAAGCGCUAGCACUUAUCCAUGACAAAUAAAAAUCAUCCACUAGAUCUUCAAAUCUGCAGACGUGGGGAGUAAAACCGACCUUUGUGUUUAUUAAGACAGCCUACAACUAGCAUGCCUCCCUCCUAAGCUCCUUGUUAGCACACAUUUGUGCAGGUAAUGAAAAACGGAGGAGGGAUUCAGUAUUAUUUUAUACAGUCUAUGGGCUGAACAAGCUCCGAGCUCUGACUCCGUGACAGACCGGAUAUUGUUGUUACGUAACAAAAACACUGAAGUCUGAAACGGCUGGUUUCACACACAUUUACAGAAAGGUGUAGAAAUCAGAACAGGGGCAGAAUGGAUUCUUUUCAUUCUCGGGGGGUUUGUAGACAUGCCAGGGAAACAGAUUUCAGGUAAAGAACCAUUAAAAAGUCAAUUUUGCAUGAUAUGUCACCUUUAACUUCCCUCUGAAAAUAUAACCCCCCCCCUUUUCUUUCAAAGAACAGUCUUUAAAUAUUUCCUGGGAGGAGAUUUUUCCUUGCCUUGUACACAAUUUGUGCAGUUUUAAAAUCUACAAGGUCAAAUCAUUUCAAUAUUUUGGAUUUGAGGAAUAAUGAAUUUGUUCACGGAAAGCAACAUUGUGAACUGUUCUGAUGGCUCUUUGCUGUAGGACUGAAAGUGGUUGCAGGGAGCUUUUAUAGGUGUUUCCCCAAACCUCAGCACAGUAACUGAGAUAUGAUGAGAUCAGUGAACAGGAGAGGAUGAAGAGUGAUUUAUGAUCCAGAAUGUUCUUGGCUUUGGCGAGAACUGAAAUGCUUCGAGACAGCUUGGACUGAACGUGUUUUAUGUGUUUUAUUUCAUCUAUUAUUACACCAAGGAAUUUGUGUUCAUGUACUCUUUCUCUUUCUUACAUCUAAAAACUUCUUUGAUUACCUGAAGACUAACAAUGGAGUCUUCUUUCUGAAGUGUAAGAUCCAUACAGACUCCUUUGAAGACCUGAAAUGACUGUUAAUACAUGUUAGACAUCUGAUACGUGUCGUUUGAUAGCAUCAUUAUAUUAUUUGAUCGUAUGCUCGCUUUACGUCUCAUAUAUCCUGUUUUCUUAAUGACCGCAACAUUAAUCUUAACCUCCAAUACUCAGACAUUUAACUUCCUGAGACGCCAUCUUGUUAUUUCCAUGAAGUGAUACGCAUCUGAAUAAACUUCAGACAUAUCUGUUUCUUUGUUUCAGCUUCAAGUAGAAUCAGUCUCUGAAGAUAUGUAGUUAUAAACAAAGUGAUUUAUUACAUAUUCAAAUGUGUGUUCGUGUUUGAUUAAACAUUGUUUAAGAUGUCUUCAGAUUUGUCUCAUUCUGUUUCCUUGUGUCUGGUACCUCCAUGAGAUCUGGGCUCUGUAGUGGAGUUAUCAUCAAUUUGACUCUCAGACUCCAGAAACUCUGAAAUAAACUCCUC